AUGCCCAUCCAUGUUGAUGAUGUGAUGCAACUGUUCUGCCACCUCUCUCAGGAGAAGGGGAUGAAAGCUGCUGUGAAACACUCUGGUCGAGGAGCACUGCUGGCGGGUGCAACAGCAUUUCUUGGGGGUCUGGUAGGAGGUCCACCUGGAAUUGCUGUAGGAGGAGCAUUUGGUGGAUUGCUUGGUGCCUGGAUGACUAGUGGACAGUUCAGGCCGGUCCCUCAGAUUUUAUUGGAAUUGCCUCCUGCUGAGCAGCAGAAACUCUGUGAUGAAGCCGUUGGUAUUCUCAGGAACUUAGACUGGACUGAUAUUGCUCAACUGACUGCUCUUGUAAUGGGAAACGCUAGUCUCCAGCAGAAAUUGACAGCAGUGCUGAUAAAUUACCUCACCAAAGAGCUAAGAGCGGAGAUACAGUAUGGAGAAUAAACCUUCCCAGAGCGGGCUUUUUACAGUGUAAUGAAUUUUACUCUGACAAUUGUCAUUCUUCAACAUAGCAAUUAGUAGUUAUGGGUACUAAUUAUGAAUAUAGGCAGAUCUAAGUAUUGUUUUGGGGUUGGGUUUUGGUGUUUGUUGUUUUUUGGUUUGUUUGGGUUUGGUUUUUUUUGUAAGGGUAGUAUUAGAUUACUGCAUUAUCCUGACACUGGCUUGCUAUGUAAUUUUGAAUUACUCUGCACUAGGACUGGAUUCAAAGUCUCUGAAGGGAAUUAUGGUUCUCUUACGCUAAUGUAUCACUAGUUAAAAUUUUUAAAGUCAUUGUGUUUUAUUUAGGAGAUUUAAUCCUGUUUGUGUAAGUGCUUUAAAUUUAUCUGUGAAUGACACAUAGGUGCCAAAGUAGCUAGGGCACUUCGAAGAAUUUUACCUACUUUGUGUUUCAGUUCUGUGAAGGAAAGUUAUAGGAAGGUAUAUCACGCUACUGUGAACUCAAAUAUCUCAAUCCUUACUUUAUUCUUUGUUGCAUUUUUAUUGUAAUUCUUGAGUUAUUUAUUCCCUUCUGUAAGAAGUGAAGCCAAUGCCUAAACAAGAUUUAAAGGAACAGGUAAACAAACCAUGCACAAUUAGUAGUUCCUAGAAAGGGAAGGCAUGGCAAGAAUACACUUGAAAAAAAAUAUCGGAGAUGGAUCUGCCAUUUUUGUACUAUCCCCAGGAUUAGGGUUGUUUCAGCAUUGGUUUCUUGACUGAAUCUGAACAGCUGGUCCUCUGUUUGCAUUAAAAUAUUCAUAAGAAGCAUCACA